GUUUUGCUUGUGACUAGCCUUCUUCAGACCGCAGAUUACUGUAUCCUGAAUUCUCAGCGACUCACUGACCACCCUCCCGCUACUUCGAACCUAGACUGAAGAAUGUCUGCUCAAGGCCAAGCUCUGCAGAACCACAACAAUGAGCUAGUAAAAUGCAUCGAGGACCUGCGCGAAAAGCGCGAGGAGAUCAUCAAACAGCUACGGGAGGAUGACGCGGAGAAGGCUAAGAUCACACAGGAGCUCCAAAUACUGACCAAGCGCCUAGCGCAGGUCAACGAGUCCAUCGCGCGCAAGACGGAGACAAAGAAUGAGUACGACAAGGUCAUUAGUGAGACGGAAGCAGCGUACCUGAAGAUCCUGGAGAGCUCGCAGACUCUGCUGACGGUGCUCAAGCGAGAGGCUGUGAACAUAGCCAAGAAGAAGCAGGCCAGCUCUUGAGGAGGCUUCGCUGUGCAUGGUAUUUGGGUCGAUUGUGUCAAGAGUCUUUACGUUUGUGAUUGUUGCCAGGGAGGUGCAGGGCAUUCAGGGUGGGAUAGUAGCGGCUAGAUGAGGGAUGGAAUACUGACGGAUGACUGCAAGACUUUGGGGUGCAUAUGGAUGCACAGGAUGAGUGUGCAUGCUGCUCGGGACCUGGACUUGACCGCUACAUGGAUACAUCAAGAAUGAGUGGUUCGGCUAGAGCGGGCACAGUGCACAGGAUGCGUGAAGGCUGCCGUUGCAGACAAACGUGGCAGCCGGAGCGUGGGUAAGCAUGUUAGCGUGGCAUGGCCGGAUAGCAGGAAAGCACCCAUGGGGUGCACCGCUGUCGCUUGUCGGAUAGUUUGAACACCAGCUGCAUUUCAGGCGCUGACGGUGCAUGUACCGAGGUGGCAUUGUCUACUUGUCUUCAACCUGGCGUGCAGGCCUGCAGGGUAUGGCGUAGCAAAAGUGGCACAGCGCCAACAUGCAUACAACGCCUUGGGCACCGCGACUUCAAAAGAAUUAUGAACUCGCAACUCCCAGAGGAUAUACGUUCUCACGGUGCCUUGGGUGUGCGAUGGGACAGUGUUAAGGCAGGUGGGUGAAGUCCCACCUCCCGCCCGAAGCGGCGUCCACCUUUGCAAUCAU